ACUUUUAUGACAGUGACAAAAAGUAUACCCGAGACAUUUUGUGAAUUUUAAUAAUUUUAUUAGACUCUUUAAUAAAAUUUCUAAAGCCAGUGGAUUGUUUUCGAUGUUCGUAAAUGCUAUCCAUCAUUAUUUAAAAGUAUUACCUUGAUUCAGUUCUCAUGGUUUUUUCGUCAUGGGUUGUAUAACUUGGAUUCGAGGUCUAAAAAUUGCAUUUCCUUUCAAGGAUAAGGAAUUAAACAAAAUUGCUGCAUUUUUUAACACCUGUACAUUCCUGCUGACGUGCGCUGCGUUGGUGCAGCCGAGUUGGUUUAGAAUUAAGGGCCUGCAUUGUACGCAGAGCCUGUCACUUACACAGUUCUUCACCUUUGAUGAUGAUGGUGAAGAAUCACAGAUAGCGAUACAUCAGAAUAAUGAGUUUGAUGUUAUGAGCGGCUCGGAUUUUAAUGGUCUACCACCAUGUACGACGCCUGAGAUAAUCACGCUAAUGCGAAUCCUAAUUCUGCUAUGCUUCAUGGUGUUAUUAUGUUCCUGUAUCGGAGUCUUAAUAAACAUAACAAGUUUAAACAGCAAGGCCAUUAAGAUGUUAAGAAGGAACGCAGUGCCGAGUAUAAUUUGUGUCUUCUGGGUGAUCGCUAUAGUUGGUGUGUGUUAUUAUACCACGGUCGUACUCGGGAAUGCUAAUAGCAGCGAUCCGAAUACAAUACAAGUGGAUUAUGAAUACGGCUUUUAUACUAUUACUGGGGCUGGUUGUAUGGCGCUUCUCGCGUCCGCCGCUAACCUAUGGGGGGCGCCACUGUCCAAUGACGAGGACUUACAAAGACGUAACUUAAUAGACGAUUGGGAUGGUUAUGAAGCCCACAGUGUUGGGCCCACACCCUCUGUCCCAACGUUACCUCCAUACACCCCAAGUGCUAACUACCCCAGUCCCAAUUUCUCCCAUCCCCCCUUUGCCCCACCAGUUUUAGGGUCUCAACAGUAUUUUCCAUUCGAUGACCUUUCUGCCUUACCCCCUCCACCGCCCUAUACCCCGUAAGAAGUUAUAUAAUGGACCCUCUUCACAAUGGGCAGCGAUGGUCGAGUAGAGGCAAUCACGAUAGUGUAGGCCUUAAUAUCUAUGAUGAGCCGUUAUUGUAGAUGUUUUUUCUUAAUCACAAUUUUCACGACAAUCAUUUGUUGGGCCAACACUGCCCAUUGUGAACUGGGCUCAUAAUGGUCCGACAAUAAGCUAUUUGUCUAUGCGGUUUUUUGUUCAUUUCGUACUUUAAUACUGAGUGGAAGAUAUGCUAGUAAUUUUUAAUUGUUAAUUGUGAGUGUACGAUUUGUACGGUUUUGAAUUUCUAUUUUCGUAUUUAAAUAUUGUUUUUACAAUAAUUCAAAGGUAUUUGUUUACUUAAAAUUAUCUAUUGAUUUGGUUUUAGAAUGUAAUUAUAAAUUUUAUAAAGUCCAAACAUAUCUUCCACUUAUGUUUACAGAAAAUAAUUAGUUUGUCAGGCGUUUACUGUAUUUGUAAAAGUAUGAGAUUUACAAAAAAAUAAAGAAUAAAAAGAAAAAUGUUCAAUGAAUAUGAAUAUAUCCUGUCACAGUUGAAUAAAGAAAUGUCCAUACUAUCAGCUUCUAUGGUAAACGCCUAAUAAAAAAAUAUAUAAAGUGUUUUCUUUUGCUAAAAAACAUUAAUUUAACUCCAAUAACAACGAGAAGCAAUAAAAAGCCUUUUAGCAUAGAUAUAGUAUAUCAAAGAAUAUGUGAUAUAAUCCUAGAUACUAGCAUCUUCUGUAAGAUGAAACUUUUGCUUUUUACUUAUGUAUAUUUGUAAUAAUCGCAGUACAUUAAAAUUUACAAUAUUGUAUAAUUCGUUUGUGAAUAUGUACUUCGGAAGCAUAUCAAUUGCCUAUCUCAUAUCCAACUGUUAUGGUUUUAAAUUAAUACUAAAGAUAUAUUUAUGAAUGUAAUAAUAUUUUUAUGUAAGGUUGUGAAAUUACUCGUUUAAAAUUUUACAUUGGCGUUAUAAAAUUUCUUGAGCUUGUGCCAUUUGAACACAGAUAAAAUAAAAACAUCAUUGCAAUGUUUAAAAUCGUAUUUGCUUAAAAAAUCUGAGGGUUGAUAAGUGUUAUGAGACCAUUGAAAUAGUGUUCGCAACUCAUUUGAAUAUCACAAUUUUUAAGAGAUUUGCAGCUGUGAGAUCUAUCAAUGAUAAUAUUCAUUAAAGGUGUUAUUUGAAUUGAGUGCAAUAACCCUUAGAGUUAGCGCGCAAGAGCAACUUUUGUCUCCGCAACUAUUUUGUCUCUCCCAUCAACUCUAUGGGGAGUUGCGUCGCUACGUGCGCGCACUUUCUUACUAGCCCAUAGAGUUGAUGGGAGAGACAAAAUAGUUGCGGAGACAAAAGUUGCUCUUGCGAGCUAGCUCUUAUAUUAUUUUUAUCAACUCUCUUAACAUAUCUCUUGCAAUAAUGUUUUUAUUAAGAGGUUUUCGAGAAUAAAAUUGAAGUAAAUUUUAACUGAAACAUACAUGACGGUUAUUUAUAUUGUAUUAAACAUAUUAUUAUGCCUUUUAUUCAGCAUAAUAUUAUAGCUCCGAAUAUUUAAUCUCCUUCAAAGUAUUUCUUCUAUAGUUGGUAUAAACAUCUAUUUUAACAUAGUUCUUAGUUUGCCAAGUUUGUUUCUUAUUAUAUUAUAAUUUAUAUUUAAUUAUUAUUAAGUUAUAAGCGAUAUAACAGUGCAGUAUAUAUUUUUUGUAUAUUGAGUUACUUGGAUUGGUAAAUAAUUAUUUUUUUAGGGUCAUAUACUUUAUUAAGUAUAACUCUAUGGGUUUUUUAGCCUUCGGUUUUUAACAUCGUAUAAAAAGUUUGGUUCAAAAAUCUCUUCAUUUUCAACUCGAAUUUUAGUCGCGUAUUUUCUAUUAUAUUUUCAUUUUCAAACAAUUUCAACUGUUAUUAAUAUUUGUCUAAAUUAUUUGUGUCAUAAUUCUGUGUAAAAAUCUCAAGUGAUAAGCGAUUUUAAAUAUCAAACUUCCCAAUAAGUGUUCAUAAAGUGAUCUGAAAUUGAAACUCAAAAUUAAAAAUAAAAAUAGAAGUAUGUUGUCGUAAUUUCUGGUGUAUAUGUUGUGUUACCAAAAAUAUAACCUUGUUAUCAUUACUAUAGCAUUAUUUGUUAAUGUGUACAUUGUUUAGAAUAAGUAUACCUAGUAAUAACUAGUUAGCCAAUUGGAAAAUUAUUUUUACAUUACAUAUAAGAGUAAGAUUUUAUUUUUAUGUAAAACCAGUACAUAUGUAAUACAUUUAAAAAUAA